AUGUUUGUAUUUAGCUCAACUGUGCCUUGUGUCAAGUUUCCGUUUGCAAAAGAAAUAACUAGUUGCUUUUGGGCACAGCGUUGCUUAUUGUUAUCAUCUUCUACGUUAGCCACUCUGUCACAAUAUAUUGAGCAAUUGCACCCUCUGGCUGCAUUAGGCUAUUUUAUGUGCUCACAGGCAUUAUCAAUGAAUAUGCUCGAUUAUGGAAAACAUGACAAUACAAUCAAACCCCUCUACACAAUCGCCAAGGGCAAUAUCAUGGAAGUUCUUGGUACAGGAGACGAAAAGCUGAAAAGAAUAAGUGACAUUUGUGAUAAUGCUGAUUCUCAAUUUAUAAAGAUCAAACAUUGUGUUGAAAAGGGAGAUCAAGAUUUGUUUGAAAAGGCACUUUCUUAUUUAGAUGAUAUACAGUCUUUCCGGAAAGUAAAUUCGCCUGUGAUCGAAAAUAAUGCCACAUGA